GCUUAAUCCUCAACAGUGUGCUAAGAUUAGGUGUGGAUUAGCGCGUUGUUGCCCCGGCCACGGGCGUACUUGGGUGCUUGGCAAAUUAAAUGUUACAAAAAUUUAAGGAACAAAAAUAAAUCAAAAAAAUAAAAUCAAUUAAUAGCAUCGUGAAGCUUCACGACCACGACCACGACCCUUCCUUCCUUCAACUCUCCGCCAAAAGUAUCCCUCGGCUCCCGUCCCUACCUACGUACCCAAUCACACUCCGAGACCUCCACUCACCAUGGCUGACACGAUACUCGAUUCCGUGACAAGCGCCGUUCCCGAGGCAGCUCUGCACCCUUACUAUCCUCUCGGGGUCGCCAUCCCAGGCUACGUCGCAAAGUCUCUCUCCACGAUCGAGAUCCUCGGAAUCUUCACGGGCACAAUCCUCAGCAUCCUCGUGCCCACGUGGCAAUACAUCCGACACACGCGCAAGGACAUAUCGAGAGGGGAAAUGCUUACCGCGCUGUGGUUUGUGCUGUGCGGGUGCAUACACCUCGGGCUGGAAGGCUACUUCGCCUUCUACCACCAAGACCUUGCCACGCGCUCCACGGUCCUCGCCCAGCUCUGGAAAGAGUACUCGCUCUCCGACUCGCGGUACCUGACCGCCGACCCCUUCGUCGUGUGCAUGGAGACCAUCACCGCCGUCUUCUGGGGGCCUCUCUCCUUCCUGUGCGCGUGGUUCAUCGUCGCCGACCACCCGCUGCGCCACGUCCUGCAGUCCAUCAUCAGUCUCGGCCAGCUGUACGGCGACGUGCUGUACUACGGGAUCUGCACUUUUGACCUGGUCUUCUUGGGCAUCGAGUACUCGCGCCCGGAGCGCGCGUACUUCUGGGGCUACUAUAUGCUCAUGAACGCGUUUUGGAUCGUCAUUCCGAUUUAUCUGAUUUACCAGUCCGCGAGGGAGACGAAGAAUGCGUUUGUACAGGCGAAGCAGGCGACGAAGACGAAGCAGGCGAAAUAGAGUAGGGGUGUUGCUAGGUGUGUAUAUAAUAGACUCUGUCGCCACGUUAAUAUCGACUUGAUCGCAUUAGCCAUUGGAUACCGGAGCAUGGCGGGGGCGUUGUAAAGUAAUAGAAUAGGAGAAUAAUUAUCGAAGAAUUCGCAAAACACGAGUAG